AUGCGUCUGGCCCCUAUUGAGCCGUGGGUUUCAAGUUUCGGCCAAGAUGAUGCCGCUGCCUUAUAUGAAUGCGAAGAAUGCGCAGCGACUUUUCAUACCGCUAGAUACCUUGUGGACCACUGCCGACUUCAGCACAGCAAGAAAGACCUCCCCGAGGCAAAAAACGCCAAUGGCCAAGAGCAAGACGCUGCUGUCAUGGCAUACUGGGAUAGAUACGUCUGCACUGAAUGUGACUACAGGUUUAGUGACAGCGGCCAUUUCGAGCGCCACAAAGCUUGGUAUAAGGAUGAUAGGCCGUGGACGUGGGUCCAUACUGAUGAAAAGCCCUUCCCAUGCCAAGACUGCGACAAAUCAUCCAAGCGCAAAGAGGCGCUUGUUUUGCACCGGAAAGACGCCCGUCCAGAAGAAGAGAUUGAUGGGACGUGCGACAAGUGUAGUAAAGUCUUCGAGACGCUUAGCAAUCUUCGCUGGCAUAUAAGCAGGGUUAGUAUUUACAUCUCGCAUAGAGAUUUUCCUAUUACGAGAAUUACCAUGGGGAUUUUCGACUCCAAAUAA